AUGCCCUCAACCCUUAAACCCUUCACAAAAUAAAUACUAUUGAUGCUCUCUCACUUCCUAACUAUAGAGUAUAACUAAUCAAAGUUAAUUCAUCUGUUCAUCCUUAUCUAUUAAAUUAUUCAACCUACUUCUUUUGUAUUUUAUAAUUCUUAGAUAUAAUUGGAACAAUUGAAUCAUAGUCUAGCUAAAAUUACUAUCAUUACUAGGCUAUAUGUGUACAUUACUGACCCAAUAAUUAAAUAAUCAAUAUUUUGGAUUAUGGUUUUUGUGCAAAAUUUGAUUAUUAUCCUUACAGCUAUUAUGGCAUUCAAGAAUUAUUAUUCAUACCAUCCUUAAUCUUUUGUUGGAUAAUCAAUUACUACUUUAUUCUCAAUAUUUGUCUAUUAUGCUUCAAUAACAUUUUAUCCAAUCAUUUUAGAAAUCAGCCUUUGUUAUUCCUCAAAUCUAGCUGAAUUCAUUGUUGCUACUAUAGUGAUGAUAGAAACAUUGAGUAUUAUGUUUUUGGGAGAACUCAUAUUUCGAAGAGGAUUAACACUUAAAUCAACAUCAAAUUUAUAUAUCAACAUUUCAACAUACUCAUACAUCAUUAAAAUAUUCAAAAUAUCCUAAAUUCUCUUAUUCUUUUAUUUAGAUGCAUUAUCAAAGUUUCCUCUCACUAUUUAAUGUAUACUUAACAUUCUCAUCUAAAUAAGCAUCGCAACUGAAUUGUGUAGAAUCAAAGUUUAUGCUUAUCAAAUUUAUUCUAAAGUUGCUUUAAUUUUAAGCUCCCUUAGCAUUGUAUUAUCAUUUGAAGUCCUACUGACUUAGAAUACAAUCAGUAAUAAUUAUUGGAUACUAGUUUCACUUGUUCUAAUCAAAAUAUUAUUUAUUUAUGAUAAUUAAAUGCCUAAUUCUAUUGCUAAUUUUGAAAUCAAUUAAUUGAAAUAUCAAUUUGCUAAAUUAGAAUUAAGCAACCCAGAAACUGUAUCUACAAAAUUAAGAACAUACAUUCUUUUUCAAAGUCACUAUUCAACAUGCGAUAAAAAAUCAUAUUGCAUUUGUGAAUCUAACAAAGAUUAUUCAAAAAAUCAUUACUCAACUGUGCUUAAAUUAAUCGAAAUUAGAUUAGAAUAAAAAUUUUUUGGUAGAGUUGAAAGUUCCAAAGACUCCUUAGCUAUUGAUUAUGCCUAAACGUUACUCAAAAAUCAAUAAUUAGUUAAAGCUUAAUAGCACAUUAUUAGAUGUCUGUCACUUAAUUAAUCAAUAUAUCCAUAAAAUAGGUAACGAUUCUCAGCUAUUACUACCUUAUUGUUGGAGUUCUUAAAAGAAUAAGUUUUAAAUUAGGUACUCAUCCAAAUUUCUGAAAAUAUUGCAUCCAAUGUAUAACACAAUAAAUUAAUUACCGACUCCUUAAAGUCUUUUGUCCUAAAUGAAAGCACUGAUCAACUCAUAAUCUCAUAAAUGAAGAAAAUAAUUACCUCAAAAAUCCAAUUCUAUAAUUGUUUUCUAGAACAUCAAAAUCAAAAUUAUGGCAAUGUUCACUUUGCCAUUUAAUUUAUUAAACAAAUUAAAUAGUUUAAGGAUCUCCUCUAAAGUAGAUAUGAACAAUUUCCAAGUAAGUAAUUAUAUAUUAUUUUCAGCUUUUUCAAAUCAAAACUUAUUAAAAUAUUUCUGUCUCAACAUUUUAAAUGAUUACAUUGAAGCAUUUAAUAUAAACAAAGCAAAAGCGUUUGAUGAUGAUAAAUAUAAUACAUUUCAGGGAUAAAUAUAUCAUAAGAUCUUUGGUAUCAAUCCAGCAUAUUUUAUUACUGAACUUACAUCUGAUUUAGAUGUUCUGAUAACAAAAAAAUCAAGCCAAGCAACAUUAAUUUUAGAAUCUCUAAAAAUCAAUUAAUCUAAAUCCCAUUCUAAUGAAAUUAAUAUUUUCUUACCAGAAUAUGUAAUUUCCUAACAUCGCUAAUUAGUAGAAACUUUUUUGAACAAAGGUAAAAAUAAAUAUUAUCAAUAAUAAAAUCUAGCUUUUCUUAAAAUAUAAGAUAAAGUAAUGCUACCCAUAUAAAUUAUGGUUAGUAUUAAUCAUACUACUUCUGAUAAAUUCUCCUUUAUUUUAUUUUUUUAUGAUAGUCAAGAAUACCGUUCCUAUUUGGCUGUUGAUAAUUAGUUAGAUAUUAUAAACAUAAGCUCAGAUAUAUAAGAUAGUCUAUUUUUCAGUGAAACAAAAUCUCCUUAAUCUUCUAUCCAAAAAAUCAUUCCAAACUUUUAAUAAUUGAUUUCUAGCAAUCAGGAAAUCUUUUUUAAUUAAGAAAUCAAAUUACUAAAGGAUUAUCAUCACUAACAAGCAUUUUUUUUUUUUAAUGCUAAUAUUAAAAUUGAAAGAAAAUUUUAAAAUCAAUUUUAAUGCUAUUUCGUAGAAUUAGAUAAUGUAAGACCUGUGUCUAGAAAAUUAAGAGAAGAAACUUCAACGGUUUAUAGAACAUCCACUUCUUAAUUUCCCUGUUCUACUUAAAAAAUAAUGAAUAUUAAUAGUGAAGUUGAUUAUUCAUGUGAGAAAAUGAUUCCAUAUUCAGAAUCUAUAAACAGAAUCAAUCGAGAAGGCUCCUUAUGUGUAAUAUAAUAAGAUCCUUAGAUUGUAUUUAACACUGACAUGAAUGCUAUGGGUACCUAAUAAUUAAUGGAUUAUUAUAAAAUAUAAAAUAUGUUUGAACCAUUGUCACAGAAUAGAAUAUUGCACAGUUCUAGAUUUUCAUAAGAUGACGAUUUAAAAAAAUAAAUGAAUAAAAUAAUUCAUGAAGAGGAAGUCAAUGAGAUCGGAUCUACAUCUUCUAUUACAGCAAUAAAAAAAUCAAAGUAUUUUAAAAAGUUUGAAAUAAUCUCAAUUUUGAUGAAAUCUGAGAAACAAUCGAAGAAGAUUAUGCAAAUGAAUAAAUUUAUUGGACUUUACAUAUCAAUCAUCUUGAUUGGUCUAAUUAUUGUAUAAAUAUCUUAUAAUCUUAUUGUAGUUUAUCAUAAUGAUUGAAAAUCUUUAAUAGUUUAUUUAAGAUAUUCAAAUCUUAUCAGUUAGAUAUGAUGUCAUAGAACCGUAUGAAUCAUUUUAUGUUUCUCGUUUUUCAUAAGUCAAUUACAGAGAACAAUUAGCAAGUGGUUUUAUCAAUCAUUCUUAAUAUAAUCAAUUAACAAUAUAUCCAUUCUCUACAUUUGAAUUAAUUUUUGAACAUUUAAAAGAUAGCAUGUAUAAAGUAUUAUAAAGAGAAGAAAUUGACAAAUUAUCAGUCAAUCAAAAUGUAAGCAUUUACUUUUUAGAAAAUGAAUUUUAAGGAGAAAUAAGAAAUGUUACUAUAAGAUCAUUAAUUAAUAUACUAACAAAUUAUUAAUAUGAUUUUAAAGUUGGUUUGACAAUCAAAAGUGUUGCAUUUGACAGUCCUUUUUUCUAUUUUUCAACUAAGAAUUAUUUAACCAUAAAAAAUACAUUUGAUGGUCUUAAUAAAAUUGUAUUAGAUGCUACUUUGCAAAGAUCAAUCUUAGAAAAAUAAAAAUGGUUAUCAAUUUUAUUACCAUUUUUAAUAGUUACUUUUUUUGUUAUUCUUGUAAUAUUAUCUUAUUACAAAGAUUAUAUUUCUAUUAUGAAUAAAAUCUUCUUAUAUUUAAUGAACUUAGAUUCUGUAAUUAUUGAUGAUGAAAAAUAAAGAUUAUAAAAGCAUCUAAACAUUAUUACUAAUGAAAUUAAAAAAAUUAAAACAUUUUAGUUUGAUAUUGAAGCAAUUGAUAUUGAAUUAGAAUAAUCUCAUCCAUCAAAAACUAGACAUUUAACCAAAAAAGAAUAAAAGAGUGUUUAUCUUUAUAAUAAUGAUCUAAAAAACUGUUUAAUUAUUACAUCAUGUCAUUUUAUUCUACAUUUAUCCUUUUUUUUAUCAAUAUUUUUAAUAAUAGAACGAUAUUUAGAAAAAUAUGAAAAAACUGCUGUUGUUUAUUAAUAGAUAAGUGAUUUAGGUGUAGAUAUCCCAACAAUCUAUGCUUAAAGAGAAGUUUUAUAUAGAAGAACAAUAAGAUACUUUUUUUUAACAGAUUAAGAAAUCGAAGGAAUUUAUUAAGUAUUAUUUAAAGCCUAUGAUAAAGUUGAAGAAUUUUCUAAAUAAAAUUUAGAUUUUAGUUCAGAUCAAUAUUUAUUUGAUUAAAAUGCCAUUCUCUUUUACAAAAAUGUAAACUAAGGCAAUUUAUGUGACUAUCAAACAGAUUAAUUUAAAGAGCUUUCUAAAACUAUUUGUCCAAUUGUUAUGAAUGGAAACUUGUAAAAAGGAUUAUCUUAGAUUUUAGCUUACAUUCUAUAUACAAUUAAAUCAUAAUAAUUUGAAACCAAAAAUUUUACUUAGUUGCCUUCAAACACAAAACUUGAAUUAGAAGGAGCAACUAUUUUAGGAAAUGUUAUGUCAACAAUUAUUUAUAGCUUAUAUCUUACUUUACUUGAUUCUUGCUAACUUUUAAUUUUCUAUACUAAAUUACCCUGUAUUGUUUUCUUAGUGUUUUAGUUCAUAUGCUUUAUUUCUUAUACAUUUUUUGGAAAUAAUCGACAUAAAUAAUAGUUUUAAUCAAUUAAACAAACUAUAUUUUUAUUCCCAAGGCAAACUUUAAUUUUUGAUGAAUUUUUUUAUAGAAACUUCAAAUCAAUAAUUAAGGAUGAAGGAAUAUCCUAAUGA